AUGACAGGCGAAGAUGUGUCGCUGGGAAGAACAGGAGUAAAAGAAAGAAGUCCAAAAAAUGAAAAGCGAGAAGCUGCCCAGAGUAUCGAGCCUGCAGGCCAGCUGAUGCAGCUGGUCACCUUGGUCGGACUUCCUUGUGGUUGUUGUAUACUGCUAGUAGUGUUCCCGUCGAGGGCAGCUGUCGCCAAGUUGGAAGAGAAGAAGGAGAACCAGGAGGACGAGGAGGAGGAGGACUUCCCCGGCUGA